AUGAAAUUGUUGCUCCUUACCCUGAUAUUCCUUCCGGUCGCUUUAUCCUCUGGAUGUACUACCACUGAUCAAAUAAGAUUUCUGCAAUGCAAAGGGACUAUCGUAAAAAUCCAAGAUUUGUUGAAGCUCUAUGCUCCGUAUACGGACGCCUCGAUUCCUCCAACAGUGUUCAAGCAGAUCUCAAAGUUGUGCAAACGAACUUUGACUUGUGUCGAACAGAUCGAAUGCGUUGAAGCCAAAAAAGGAGUGUCCAUGAUGGAUUAUGCAUGCGAGGGCAUUGAAAUGAGCUCAGGACCCUUUGGUGAUUGUAUGGUGAAACUUCAAUCAAAUCUACCUGAUCCGAAGAAAUAUCCGUGCUCAGAACUUUUUGAAAAAGAUUCGCUUGAUACCAUCUCGAAGGGCUGCAAAAUGUUCACAGAAGAUGUGGAAUGUGUGAAGAAUGUGGCAAAAGACUAUUGUGGUGCUCCCGCUGCUGACGCGUUUAAGAAAGGAAUCCCGUUUAUGAAGAACUUGAUGAAAUGUUAA